AUGGUGUUUCCUUUUUGCGGGGUUACUGCCUUUUGUUACCUGUUCUACCUGAUUCCAUGGAGAUCUCAGAUACCAGCUUUUGUUUGCCUGGCCUGUUGGUUCCUGUCUGGAUUCACAUUGAUGCCAGCUGAUAUUCCUGAUAAUAAUCCAUUGGUGAUAUCCAGCGGAGUUAUGAUCACUGUUAUAGGAGUAGCUGCAAGGUGGCUAGACAAGCAUGCAGAAGGCAGUAAGUAUUGGUCAAGUAUCUGUAGUCGUGACAUGAAAAAGUCAAAGUUCUCCGUGCUCUUCCUCUUGCAGGUACUAUUGGUGGGGUUGUCCUCAAUGAUGGUAUCACUCUCGACAUCACACAGAAUGCAGAACCAAGAGCUACAUAUACUUCACCGGUUCCUGAGUUGGCUCAUUGCUGCCACGGCGUAUCAAGAGCGUUGUCCAGGUGCAUCUAGUCUCCAGCUCUCAGAAAGACCAUCAAAGAUCAAGAAGCAUCAGAGGGAUUGGAGACAAAGGAUCGUGACUCUUCUCGGUGGAAACUGA